CGUGGAGAGCGUCUUUAGUGUGUUUGAGGUUGGACUGUAGGGAGAUCACAAAGGCGCACUCCACAUAUAAGCACAAGUGGAUGGAAAGACCCUAAUGCAAUGGAGCAACUGAACAACGGUGCAGAGAUCGGCCCCCUGUAAACUUAAGAAAAAAGGGGAGCGAUGCCUGAAUGAGACAAGGGGGAAUGAAGAGUGCAAUUAAGAGUUUUGCGGAAGAGUCGAGACCUUUUUGCAAAAUUGCACGGAUUCGCGCCCACGCAAAUGCGCAUUUUGCAAAGAUGACAUAGCACUUGAGAAAAUGGGAUUCCUCCAGGAACAGAACUCACUUGCGACCUGAAUGAAAAGAUAAAAGGGAUUUUUUUCUUCUUCUUCUGUUACUUGACAAGCCUCGGCUGUGAGUGAACGCAGAGUGAAAUAUGAAUCUGGGCAAAGCACUUCUGUUUUUCCUCCUCUCAAAUUGUGUGACAAUGACUUUCUCGCUUUCCACUUGCACCACUGUGGACAUCAAACACAUAAAGAAAAAGAGAGUGGAGGCGGUCCGGGGACAGAUUCUCAGUAAACUCCGAAUGACCAGUCCGCCUCAAACAACAGGUCCAAGUCAAGUACCGUUUCAGGUUCUGGCACUUUAUAACAGCACCAAGGAGCUCAUUGAGGAGCUGGGGAGAGACCGGCAGCAGAGUUGCGGACAGGAUAACACGGAGACAGAGUACUACGCCAAAGAGAUUUACAAGUUCAACAUGAUCAAUGGUCCACCAGAAAACAAUGACCUCCCCAACUGCCCGAGGGGCAUCACCCCCAAGAUAUUCCGCUUCAAUGUGUCAAUCAUGGAGAAGAACGCCACCAACUUGUUCCGGGCUGAGUUUCGAGCCCUGCGGAUCCCCAACCCCAGCGCCAGGAAAAACGAGCAGAGGAUUGAGCUCUACCAGAUCCUCCAGAAAGAUGACCCCAAAGCCAAACAGCGCUACAUUGGGGGCAAGAACGUCCUGACCAAAGGAACGCCCGAGUGGGUCUCCUUUGAUGUUACAGAGACAGUGAGAGAGUGGCUGAUCAACCGACAGACUAAUCUUGGCUUGGAGAUCAGUGUGCAUUGCCCCUGCCACACCUUCAGGCCUAAUGGUGAUAUUAUUGAGAAUACCAAUGAGGUACUAGAAGUCAAGUUCAAAGGUAUGGAAGUGGACUAUGAUGAUCCGAGCCGUGUGAAAAACCAAAAGGAGCAGCUGUACCCCCACCUCAUCCUCAUGAUGCUCCCUCCCCACAGGCUGGAUGCCCAAUCUUCUUCCCGCAGGCGCAAGCGGGCACUUGACACCAAUUACUGCUUCAACAAUUAUGAGGAGAACUGCUGUGUGCGACAACUAUAUAUUAAUUUCCGGGAGGAUUUGGGCUGGAGGUGGAUUCACCAGCCUGAAGGGUACUAUGCCAACUUCUGCUCUGGUCCCUGUCCUUACCUACGCAGUGCAGACACCACCCACAGCUCGCUGCUGAGCCUGUACAACACCUUGAACCCUGAAGCUUCUGCCUCCCCCUGCUGUGUUCCUCAGGACUUGGAGCCCCUAACGAUCCUCUACUAUGUGGGUCGCUCCCCAAAAGUCGAGCAGCUCUCAAACAUGGUCGUCAAGUCCUGCAAGUGCAGCUAAACUUCCAAGGUCUUCAGGGCCCCUGUGAGAGGCGAGGCAUGGGAUCUGAUGACGCCCAGCACUGCUCCAAAGCGGGUAUGAGGAAUUAAAGCGGGCAAUGUACAGUUUGGCCUCCAUGAGUACCUCUUCCCCAUGUUUCAGCCUUGCCCGAGCUCUUAAAAAAAAAAAAAACGCAGUCCUCUACUCCAACAAUCAUUGGCAGCAUUUACUUAGAAGACCUGUCAGACACCACUUCCCCAACAGCGCUCUCAAACCCAUCAGACCUCUUGUUGACCUUCAGUAAUUACCUUUUGACAUCAGUGUUUCUCAUUCUUUCCCCUCCCCAGCAUUUUGUACCUCAUGUCUAUGACUAUUGGUAUUCAAAGCCUGUUUUCAGUGAACGAGGAACAACAAUAAUUGUCUUGCUAUGACCAAUCCAUUCUCAAGGACGCAUUCAAAAAGAGAAAAUGACUCAGGAUGCAGACUAAACUCAGCAUAUGUCAAAGAGGGCAAACACACCAUACAGGACACAUUCAAAAGUCCGAGCUGGAAACUGACGCUGUGCGCGCCACAGCUCCCUACACUGUUUGUUUAGGAUUAAAUGCUGUUGAAUAAAAAUGAUCUUAGGAAAAAGACAACAUGCUGGAAACCAAUCUUGAUUUCAAAGUAGUAUUUCCAUGGUUAUGUUUACCUCUGUAAUGCAACAGGAUGGUGAUUCCAGGGAUUGUUUUGUUUGAAAAUGAAGCCUUUCUGUUGUAUGAGAUGAUGUAUGUCACUAAGUGAACUUUACUAGAUCACAAACUGUAAAUGUUUUUCUUAUUACUCUUGGAAACACUUUUUUUUUUAAUUAAAAAUGUCAGACAGUUCA